AUGUCCAAAAAGAAGCUAAAUGCAUUUGAAUUCCCCAAAAAGUUUCAAGAUUUACCAAAAUCACUAAACUCCUACUACAUCCCUGAACCAAACGUAAUCAUCCAAGACCAAAUAAUCACCAUCAACAAUUUCUUCAAACCAGACUUGUGUCAAGACUUGAUCAAAUCUUUUGAAACCAAAUUGAAUUUGGAAACAACUCCACUCAUCAAAAGCAAAGACUAUGCGGCAAGAUACAAUGAUAGAGCACUAGUAACUGAUUUGAAAUCAGCCGAUACAUUAUGGCAAUAUAUGAAACACAUUCUAGCAUCAAACCCAUACGAGGAUCCGCAAUUGCAGCAGGAGGUUGUUGACAUUUUUCAAUAUGCAAUUGGACUAAAUCCACAAUUGAGGAUAUAUCGAUAUACCCAAGGACAUCAUUUCGGUGCUCAUUAUGAUGAUUCAGUAAUAUGUGAAGUUCCACCAGACGGUAGAUCCAAGGGUAAAACCCAAUGGACACUACUUGUAUACUUGACUGGAGAUGAUGAGUUCAAAGGUGGCGGUACAAUUUUUUAUCCUGAUGAUGGAAGUGAUGUACUAAAUAUACAUCCAAGUAAAGGAUUGGCAUUGUUGCAUAAGCAUGGCGAUGCUUGUUUACGACAUGAGGCGGAGUUGGUGAAAAAGGGUGUAAAAUGGGUUUUGCGCAGUGAUGUUGUAUUUCCGAUGUGA